CACGUUCUCUCUCUUAAAUACAUACAUACGUACAUACAUAAGAAAUGAGCCAGAAGUAUCACUUGCCAGUGAAGCCCCUGUUGUUGCCAAUUUUAAGAAUAGUCGUAGCCAAGGUAAAUCAAACCUUUUUUAUAGGUUAAAAAACACAAACCUCCAAGCAGUCUGUGGUCUCAGACACCUUGGUCUCUGUCUGCCAAGAAGAGGCUUGGCUUGAAGUGGACCUUGAAGUGGACCUCCGUCCUCUGCCUCAAAGUAGGGGCUUUGAGGUGUGUGAGUGAUGGCUGGGGUUCCCCAGACUGCCAGCAGGCCUGGGAGCUGAGGCUGAUGUCAGGCUAACCUCCAGUCCUCCUUCCUGAGGAGCUGCGGGUCUUUGGAGGGCUGAGGACAUGCCCCAGAUGCGUGGAGGCUGAGUCACCCAGCCUGUCAGUGCCCCUUGGAGCCCCGGCGGGGGCCACCACCCACCACAGGAGGAAGGGUGGGUAGCUGCUGUGCCGGCUGAGCCGGGGCCUCCUGGGAUCCUGGGAACCCCAUCUUUGAGCUCCACCCGUGACUCCGCCCCUCCCCAGGAGGGAAAAGGCAGCCAGCUGCCAGUGGCUUACCUCAUAGGCACUGGACCUGACCCACAGGACGAGAGGGUAGACUGCUGCCGUCACCACCUCAGGCCGGGCCAUGGAUCCACACGAGAUGGUCGUCAAGAACCCGUACGCCCAUGUCAGCAUCCCCCGCGCUCACCUUCGGCCCGACCUGGGGCAGCAGCUGGAAGCGGCUUCCUCUUCCUGGGGGUCUCAGUCUCUGCCUGCGGGGUCCUGCCCCUCAGAGCCCACCCGGCUCCUGCAGCCCACCGAGGAGGCCCUAGAGAGCAAAGGUGGCAAGGGGGCCAAGGGCACUGGCCAGAUCCAGGGACACCAGGUCUGGCCACAGACCAGCAACCCCUGCAGUGGUGGGCAGCGUCCGGCAGGACUGACCUACGCCGGCCGGCCACCCAUCGGGCGCGGUGACGACAUCGCCCACCACUGCUGCUGCUGCCCCUGCUGCCCCUGUUGCCACUGCCCUCGCUUCUGCCGCUGCCACAGCUGCUGCUGCGUCAUCUCCUAGCCCAGCACCCGCGUGGCCGUGGGGCCUGUGGUGGGACCCCCCACCGUGGCUUGGGCGGCCGCCGGACCACUGUCAUGGGUAUUGGCCACUUCCCACCCCAGAUGGGAGCAGCUACCUGCCGAGGGGGCCGACCGCCCAGCUCUAGCCCCUUGCUGGAGAGCCUGGGCCCCUGCGGCGAGGGCAGCCGCGGGGACACCCUUGACCACCUCCCUCGGGCCCCACUGCCCA